AUGGAAUUUCUUGAUGUCGAGUUAGAUGAAUGGUCAUGUAGAAUCUGUGGCUUUCAUCGCGUCGUUUCAUCUACGGUUCUAAAAAAUCCGAACUGUUACGAUGAUAUGACAUUGAAUGAGAGUUAUCCCUCUUUUCAAAGGCGUCGUAUCUACACUUAUAAAAAGCUGUUGGCAGACUCGCUUUUUACAGGGCAUGAGGUUAAUGCGAGGCCAGAGCGGCGUUGUGUACUCGCGGCGGCCAUGAUGCAGCGGAUGAUUCGGUUAAGGCAGAUGCUUCUUCCUAGGCUAGAUGGAGGUGAUGAAGGAUGCAUGGAAACAAGUCCCAGAUUUACCAGAGGAGGCUUCUCCACCAAGAUACAGGUGUGA